AUGGAACGUGAGUGUAUGGAGAGGAUCAACCAUUACUGUCAAAAGAAUAAACUUACGCUGCAUUAUGCUGACGUCAGGAUGACCGGCCCAUCUCAUGAUCCUGAGUUCACAGUUGUGGUUAAAAUAGGCGACGUAGAAUAUGGUACAGGCACUGGUAAAAAUAAAAAGGAAGCAAAAGCAGCAGCAGCAAAGCAAACCUGGGAAAUUAUUAAGAACCUGCCACAGAGUCCUUCAACUAUGCAAACUGCUGAAUUAAUGACAACUCCAGUGACCUUAUCACCUGUAUCAACCACUGACUAUGUCAGCCAACUAAAUAUAUAUUCACAAAGAACCUCGCAUAAAGUUGAUUAUCCUAACAGAAACUGUACUGGAGCCGCCCAUGCUCCCAUAUUUUCUUGUAGCUGUACAAUUAGUGGUGUUUUGUAUGGAAUUGGCACUGGAGCUUCUGCAGCUGCUGCAAAACAAGCUGCUGCAAAACAAGCAUUUGAGAAGCUAAGUAACGAAGGUGCUCUAAUGAUGGAAAGUGAAAAAUCUAAUGGCAAUUCUACAUUUAGCGAACAUAGUAAUUCCUCUCGAGUGCCAACUCAGUCUGACUCGCAUCUAUUAUUUUUCAAUAACAGCAGUAUAUGCUUUGAAGACUCAGCUCCGAAGUUGGUAGAAAAAAUGAAAGACAUGGCAGUAUGUGAAAAGCUUUUACCUUCUCAGAGACAUGCAGAAAGUUCUGCCCUGAAACACAAAAGAAAAUUGGCAGCGAAUUUUGAUAACGCAAGAAAAAAGGAAGAGGAAAAAAAUACGUCAGAUUCAGAUGAAAGUUUGCCAGAUUUGGACACAAAUACCAGUGAGGAGAAUGAAAGUCCAUACACUGUGAAUAAAAGAUUUCUUGAGAGUUUUAAAAAUAUAGAGCCUAUUGGUGAAGGUGGUUAUGGGAAUGUUUUCAAAGCAACAGCAAAGCUUGAUGAGAGAACCUAUGCAGUCAAACGAGUUCGUUUCACAAAGAACGUAAAGCGUGAAGUAAAAGAACUUGCAAGACUUGAACAUGAAAACAUAGUGCGGUAUUCUUGUAGCUGGACUGGGUAUGACCAUGUAACUGAUCCAUUGUCAAGGCAGAAAUCAGAAAAAAAAUUUCCCUGUCUUUUCAUCCAAAUGGAAUUAUGUGAACAAGGGCCAUUGGAUAACUGGAUUGAAAAGAAUAGACGAGACCCAAAGUAUCACAAGAUGGCACAAAACAAAUUUUUACAAAUACUGAAAGGAGUGAAAUAUAUUCAUUCUGAAAAGUUAAUUCAUCGAGACCUCAAGCCUCAGAACAUAUUCAUAUCACAUGAAGAUAAAAUAAAAAUAGGCGACUUUGGUCUUGUGACUUCUGUGGAAUAUGGGACUCUGACUAGGAACAGAGGAACAGAAUCAUAUAUGGCACCAGAACAGGUUGGGGACAGAUAUGGAGAGGAAGUAGAUAUUUACGCACUGGGAUUAAUCUGGUUUGAAAUUCUUUCAGCAGCCAGUCGUCAUGAGAAAAGCAAGGUAUGGAAUGAUGUUAGAGAAGGUAAACUUCCAAAGAGCUUCACCAACCGAUUUCCAACAGAGGCACCCAUAAUCAAAAAGAUGCUUUCAAGAGAUGCUUCAGGAAGAUACUCUGCAUCUGAAAUACUUGACUUUUGUAAGUCUGUUCAUAAAGACAACUCAUUUAAAACUCAUACACAGUAA